UCUCUUACGCUUGUUUGGAUUUAUUAUCUAUGGAGUCGUCGAAGAUAUUACGCCCUGAUGCUUAAAGUGCCAGGACCAAAGAUACUUGGCCAUACGGGUGCAAGCAAAAGAGAUCUUAUACCCUUAACUGAAAGGUUUUUUCAAAAGUACGGAAAUGAAUAUCUGUCGUGGGUUGGACCCUUUCCAGUUUAUAUAACGCGUGAACCACAAUUGAUUCAGGAAAUAUUAAACUCUCCACAUUGUGUGAAGAAGAGUGGUUUUGUUUACAAAGUAAUCUCUAAUAUUUUGGGCGAUGGACUAAUGACUUCCGAAAAUCCAAAGUGGAGCAAGCAUAGAAAAUUAUUGAAUCCAGCAUUUAAGCAAAACAUUUUAUUUCGUUUUAUGACGAUUUUCAAUACCGAGACCAAGAAUUUUCUAAAACUGAUGGACUCAUAUGUGGGAACUGGCGAAAAGGAUCUGUUAACAGAUCUGUUGAGCUUAGCAUUUAGAACAACGACACAAACCACGAUAGGUUCGAAAGUGACAGAGCACGAAGCUUUUAAAACCAAUACUUUGAUGCACAGCUUUGAAUAUUUACAAGAUACAAUCAUAAAGCAAAUACUAUACCCUUGGCUACGCAAUACGCAGAUCCUCAAACUUACGGGCUUACAUAGGCCAAUAUCUGAUGCCAUAUCCUUUCUAAACAAAACUGUUUUAGAGAUGAUAGAAGACAAAAUUACAACUUCAGAUGACGUUUCAAAAGGUGGAGAAAACAAUCCUUUCUUUGUUGUUGAUCAUGUAAUGGCUCAUUUGAAAAAUGGCAACUUUACUUACGAAAAUGCCAAAUCAGAAGCCAAUAUUAUUAUUGCAGCCGGCUAUGAGACAGUUGGAAGUGUCAUAUUAUUUACAUUGACUUUCUUGGCCAUGCAUUCCGAAUAUCAAGAUAGACUAUACGAAGAAUUGCUGGAAUUGUACCCCAAGUUAGGUGAUUUUGAGGUUACCUAUGACGAUAUUCAGAAAUUGGACUAUUUGGAUCGCGUUUUAAAUGAAACGAUGCGUUUGAUUCCACCCGUUCCUGCUAUAUUUAGGCAGAAUACCGAAGAUAUUAAACUCUCAAACGGUACUUUAAUUCCAAAAGGAACCCAUUUAGGAAUCUGCAUAUUUAAUUUGCAUCGCUCUGAAGAUCUUUGGGGAGCAAAAUCAUCGACAUUUGAUCCCGACAAUUUUCUUCCCGACAACGUACAACAAAGGCAUCCGUACUCUUUUAUACCCUUUGUAAAAGGCAUAAGAACUUGCAUAGGAAUGCGAUAUGCAUAUAUGUUGACAAAAGUAGCUUUGGUCAAACUCUUGAGGAAUUACAAAUUUAGCACGAAAUUUCGCUACGAAGACCUUUCAUUUCUCAUGCGUGUGGCUAUGCAGCUAGAGAAGACACCACUUUUAGAGUUGAAAAAGAGGUCAAAAUAAUGUCUGAUUGGUAAAUCAGAUUUCAAAAUUGGGUAAUCUUAAUACAUAUGUGAACUUCAAGGCGUUUUUGAACUUUUGUUUUGGCUCUAUAAUUUGUUAGACCCAAUUAACCUCUAAAUAAAUUUCACCUAAAAUGUUUUAAAGUAA